CUCGGAGCGGGACGCUCGCAUUCUCCCGUCCCGGCGGAGCGUCCCCGCCGCACCACACCCGCUGGGCCCGGGCUCGCUGGGCGCGCCGCCGGCCGGGCACGAUGGUGGUGUGCGGCCUCGCCUGCUGGAGGUGCAGGUGGCUCCUGCCCCUGCUGCUGGGCCUGGCCAUCAUCAUGGGCAUCAUCGCCCUGGCGGGCCGGGGCUGGCUCGAGUCCGAGUCGGCGCCCUACGUGCAGCAAGCGUCGCUGUGGGAGAGCUGCACGCGGAACGAGGAGGACCUCAACUGGAGCUGCGAAUCCCUCAUGGACUACGGAUGGGGGAGAGCAGCAGCUGCCACAUACCUUGUUGGCUUUGUGAUCCUGGUCAUCUGUUUCGCUCUCGCAGUCAUCGCGUUCUCGAUCGAGAUCCUCCGCUUCAACUUUGUGCGAGGAAUUGGAGGCCUGCUCUUUGUUGUUGCUGCAUUCCAGAUCAUUGGCUUGGUCAUUUACCCAGUGAAAUUCACAGAAGAAAUUCCACUGACCGGAGAUAACAUGUUCAGCUGGGCCUAUGGCUUUGGAUGGGCCAGCACUGUUGUUGUAAUAGGUUGUGCUUUCUUCUUCUGCUGCCUCCCCAACUGGGAAGAUGAAGUCCUGGGAAACAUCAAGCCUACCUAUUACUACUCCUCCCCAGAGAGAGCACCAUACUUAAAUUGAAAAAUUACAUCCAAGUACGAUCAACUAUCAAAACAACAGAGGAGCACCUCUGAUGUACAUUUGGUGUGAUUGUAGGAGACUGAAAAAACCCACCUUAUUUCACCAGAGUAUUUCUUACUGUCCCUGGCAAUAAAUUAGGAAAAACAUUGGCAUCUUUAAGCAAAUAGCUUUUACCUGAAGUAUUUGCAUAUUCUCAUGCCAGUUCAGUUUGGGCCGCUUACUUGCUCCUUCCCCUCCUGAUUAAUUGAGUCAUCCUUAUUUUAUUCAAACAUCAUUUUCUUAUGAAUAAAGAUGAUAGUUUCAAGUGUAGAAAGGAAAAGGAUAGAUUUUAAACAACUCAUUAGUGGUUCCUGCGGGAUAGGUUGUUUUUUUUCACCUCUGACAAAAUUGUGUUAAAUGAAACUAGGAAAAAACCACAGCCUUCCAAAGAAUGCUUUUUCUUCUAUCAAAGUCAGUCCCAAAGGAGGACUUCACGGGAGGCUAUCAUAGUCAACUGCUGCCUAAAAAUAUUUUCUCAUUCCUGUUACUGGACUGUUGUUGACUAUUAGCUAUUUGAAUUAAAGGGAAAAUAAAAUUUAUUUUCCACCAAUUGGUGCUGUUGGACAAGGUCUCUUCCAAAGCACGGAGCUGAUGUAUAUAACAGUGGCUAAUGCAAUGUUGGUGGUUUUGUGGCCACAGCAGGACUUGUGAUGGAAUCACAUCUAUAUAUUGUCAUAGAUUCAGGUGUUAAACUGUGUACAUUUUUACAUGGUAUUUGAGGGGUGCUGUUUAGAAAGUAUCUUUGAGCAGAAACAUAAGCUGUUCUAUUUGUCUGCCCUUUUAAAGCUGCAGUGAUUUAAUUAUCAGAGUGCUUUGGAGGAAAUCAUAGCAUAAGGUAUUUGAAAACCUCCAGAAGUUUCUAAUGCUGUAGGUACUCCAGAGUUCAGUAAACUUGGGGCUGCUUUGUGAGUGAGUAGGGUUAACAGCCAGAAAUAGAAAGGCGGUUCAGAGCAAUUUACAUAUGCAAACUUCAURCAGACAUCCAUGUCAGAGUAAUAUGGCUGACUCCUCAUUUGUGUUUCUGCAGCCAGCAAUUGCAAAUAAGUAUUCCAGCAAGGUGUAGCUGUGUCUGUGUUGGUCAUGGACCUGCAGCAUCUUACAGCAGAUUUAAUUAUGGUCUGUAAUUUUUGUUAGGGCUUUCAUCAGCUGGGGAAGGUGGAAGAAGUUCAGUUUUGAGCUGGUCUUCCAUCUCUGGGAGAAGUAGCUCUAGCAAAGACAGACUGAGGAGUCURCAGGUGGGGUGGAAAGCAAAUGCUGCAUGUUACUCUCUGUUCUUUCUUACUCUCAUGAACCUGGUGCUUAGGAGAGGGUAAGUGUGUGGCUAUGUGUUUCCAUACACAUGUACAAAAUAGAACUUAAAAAGCAUUCACCAAYAGACUGUAAAGCUAAUUUACAGUUAACCUUUGUCAAUGCCUGGUAUUUCUUGUAUUAUAUAUUGUAUAGCUUCCAUUUUGUAACAYCUUUUUCAAUUUGAUAAUGCUAUAUAUUGCGUGUGAUCCUGUUUUAGAGAGCCCAGGUGAUUCCUGAAGGUCCCUUCUAGGCCUGUAUUUUAUGACUUUACAAAGCAUAAAUGUCUGCAGACUUCAGAAUUGCGUUACAAGCUCAGUUGUGRCAUACAAUCAAUUGUAUUAAUGAUUCUUGCUGAAUAAGAGAGUUCUGUGACAAAUGUGUCCUUUAAAUUUAUUUUUUUUCCUUUUUCUGUACUGUACUGGCUGGUGGGGACUACUGUGUAGACUUGUAUCAUAAGUAAUGAUAGUACCUACUUCCACUGAAUUCAAAACACAGCAGAAAAUCUCAAGUUAGGAAAAUCCUUGCACAACUAAAGCUGAAAAGGAGAAAAAAAUGUAAGAAAAUGGACACCUUUCCUAAUGGUAUGGAAAUAUGGUAAUUGGGUUUAGCAUAAUUUAACUAUUUUGUAUGCUUUUUAAUAAGCAUUGGCAUAACUUGUCAAAAAAGCACAAAUGUAAAAUAAACUUGGCUCUGAAUGUACUGGGAGGGGUAGAAGCAUAAGCAGCAUGUUACACAACCAAGAUGUUCCAGAGAAARCUGUUGCAAAUAGUCAUUAAUUACUUUCAAGUGAUAUCAAUGUAUGUGACACUCCUUUCAAAUGUGGUGGCUUAAUUAAAAAUGUUUUAACUGACA